GUAAGUUCUGAAAAAAUUGGAGGAAGAAAGAUGCAGCAUACUGUCUAGUCUCCCAAUUCUCGUCUUCUUGUCCCCAACAGUUUCCGUGUUGCCACUAUCAUCACUGAGAUAAUUUCAAACUCAAAUGUCGUCUUAUGCUCUCAUUUCAUAAUUAGAAAAAAGAAAGACAAGAAGAGGAGGACAUCUCAACUCGCCUGGCAAUAGGAUCUCAAUUGAGUCAUGGUUCAAAUGAUAUUUGACUUUGUUUUUUGGUUGUCUACAAUUUUUCUUCGUUGCCAAACAGGGAAUAGUAUGAGACUCGUAACUCACGCCAUUUUUUCCCUACAUUUUUUUUUUUUUAAUACGCAACGGGUUAUUUCCAUUCUUUUUUUACUGUACACUUUUCUUUGGGUUGCUUCUUAUGAUGAUAUGUUUGCAGGCAGCAGGUCCAUUUAAUUUCUGGGUUUACCUGAAUCAGAAAUGGUAGCAGCUUAGUUUACUGAGAUUUUAGGGUUAUUGUUUGGUACUUGGUUCUUUCUUCUUGUGUUGCUUUAAGAAUUAUGACCCUGUUUUUUAAUUUUUCUGGUUUUGGUCUCAGCUUCCUCUUUCCUUACUUCAGAGCGCGCAAGGGCAUCCUAUGGUGAGAGAUUUUCAUUUCCCUCCGUGGAUUUGAUUGAUGUUUCAUAUCUUAGCUUCGUUUCCAAGAAAUAUAAGAAGAGGGAAGAAGUUAAGUUUGUAAAUUCUGUCAUAUAUGUUAAACCAACAAAUCUUUGUUUCCGGCUAUGGUUCGAGUUGGUCAGCCUAUGCUUUACAAAGUUGCAUUUAGACGUCAUUCCGAUAUAACUUUCUAAAUCUGUGGAAAAUUUGAACCCGACCCAAAGUAUGAGAGGUGCUAUUUCUCAAAAAAGAAAGAUUAACUAAUAAUUAGCUCAGUUGUCAACAUUUGGAAACUUUGCUGUUUUUCGGUUCAAAUUUGUAUGGUCGCUGCAUUUCCUUGAUUGUUGCUGUAAACAGCAUAGAAAGGUGUUUCUGAUGCUAACUUGGUAUCUUGGCAUGACUUUGUUGUCAUGAGAAGCCAGUUAAGUCAUAAGUUUCAUCCAAAUAUAUAUGGAAGAUUAUAUUUUUCUAACUAUUAACUUUAUGGUCGGUAGCUCGUGGGGCUGGAAAAUGGGGAGACUUGCAAUGGCCAUUUGAUGAAAUGUGAUACAAGGAUGAAUAUCCAUCUUGGAAAAGUCAUAUAUACAUCAAAGGGGAUUAUUUUCCAAAAAGAUUCUGUAGCUUCUUUUGUCUUCUUUUUUUUUUUUCAAUUUUACUUUUUCCUUAAUUAAAAUUUACGAUCUUUAGGAUUCAUCAUUGCACUUAAGGAUGGUUAACAUGAUAUAUGAUGGAGAUAGGUUUUGGAGCACGCCAGAAUGUCUCGUAGAUGGGAAUACAAUUAAGUGUCGAGUUUCUGUCCGGAGACGAUGUGAUCUCUCUCUCUCUCUCUCUCUCUCUCUCUCUCUCUCUCUCUCUCUCUCUCUCUCUCUCUCUCUCUCUCAUAUAAAUUCAUUUUUAACCUGAAGAAAUCUGAACCCAAUUCAUAGUCUGUAACUUUUUUCCCUUCUGCAUCUUAUUUGUCUGCUUCUUUGAAUCUUUUGACAUGUAUUGUGGGCAAUAUUUUAACAUCUUAACCAUUUCUUUCUCUCUCUGGAAUGAUGUAGCUUGCCCGAAUCAGAUAUUGAUAUGCCCCAUAAGGUGUUGUCUUCAAAAUUACUUGUCUGCUUCUUUAGAUAUAUUAACAUGGUGACUUUUCCUUCUCUCUGGAAUGAUGUAGCUUAGCGAAAUCAGAUAUUGAUAUGGUCCAUAAGGCAUUGCCUUCAAGGCUUGUACUUGUUAUUGUAGAGGCAGUAGGCACACUGGAUCUCUUUUAGACUCUUGACCAAGCAUUAGACAAUAUGCCUUUUGUAGAAGCACAUUAAUAUGACCUCAAAAUAGGGAUUGGUUGUUCUGACCAGAUUUUGUCCCUUCUCAUUUUUUGUUUCGUUUUUCGCUUUCUGUUUCCUGUUUUUGUUUUUUAUUGAUCAUAAAGGCAAGGAUAUACAUCGAAGACAGCCUUCUUCCUCCCAAAUCCCUUCUUUACCAUGGGUGACUCGGUGGAGAAAAGAGUGCAAGAAUAAUUUGGGCCUUUGUCAUGCAUAAUCUUGAUAUAGCUUCACACAGAAGAUAGAAUCUUUCGUUGCUAACCUGGCAUCUUGGCAUACCUUUGUUGUCAUAAGAAGCCAGUUAGGUCAUAAAUUUCAUCCAAAUUCACAUUGAAGAUGAUAUUUUUCUAACUCUUACUUUUAUGGUUGGUUGCUUGUGCAGCUAAACAAAUGGGGAGACUUACAAUGGGCAUUUGAUGGAUUGCAAUUCAUGGACGAAUAUCCAUUGCGUAGAAGUGAUAUGUACCUCAAAGGAUGGUUAAGAUGAUGUUCGAUGGAGAUAGGUUUUGGAGAUGCCAGAAUGUCGUUCGUGGGAAUACAAUUGUCUGAGAGUCCAGAUAUGAGCUUCAAAUUAUUAUACAGUUUGACCUGCAUAACAUAGCUGGCCCAAAUAUCCAGAAGCUAUGUACUCAACUCCAUUCUCAAGACUUCAAUGGUUGUUGCACUGAGAAGACGACAAAACAAAAAUCUCAGGGAUCUAUCCCGACCUGAGGUCUUCAGUCAAUGGUUUUUACGUUCGACCAUAUUCGGUUGCUGUUGGUGUCUGAGAACAUCUUCACUGUUGAACCAAGCAGAAGAGCUCAAAAAACGAAUGGCCGAAAUCAAAGCCGAUACUACUCACCACCAGCUCACUGUACCUGAUCCCGAAAUUUCGGCCCAAAAUUUACCGAAACCAAAGCGCGUUGCUUCCCUGGACAUCUUCCGAGGCCUCACCGUUGCAUUGAUGAUUCUGGUGGAUGAUGCCGGAGGAGAAUGGCCUAUGAUUGGGCAUGCACCAUGGAAUGGUUGCAAUCUUGCUGACUUUGUGAUGCCAUUCUUUUUGUUCAUUGUGGGGAUGGCCAUUGCACUUGCUCUCAAGGUUUAUGUACAGUUUCUGUCCAACUUAAGAAGAAGAUUUAUUGGGAAUAUAUGGUUAUUCAUAUGCAUUCAAGUAUUGUUGUUUAUUGUCCAGAGAAUACCAAGUCGGCCAAUGGCCAUAAGAAAGGUGAUUUUUAGGACUUUGAAGCUUCUCUUUUGGGGUCUCCUAUUGCAAGGAGGUUUUUCACAUGCUCCUGACAAGCUAACUUAUGGUGUCGACAUGAAAAAAAUAAGGUGGUGUGGAAUUCUCCAGAGAAUUGCUCUUGCAUAUUUGGUAGUGGCACUGGUGGAAAUCUUUUCAACAGACGCCCGAGGCAAGGAUCCAGUGUCCAGCUGGUUCUCUGUAUUCAAGUUGUACUAUUGGCACUGGCUGGUGGCAGCAAGUGUUCUUAUUGUUUACUUGGCUGUAAUUUAUGGGACAUACGUUCCUGAUUGGAAAUUCACUGUCCUGAACAGCAAUAGUACUGUUGAGAUGACAGUAGCCUGUGGCAUGAGUGGGAAACUGGAUCCUCCUUGUAAUGCAGUAGGAUAUAUAGACAGACUGGUGCUAGGACUCAAUCACAUGUAUCAACAUCCAGCUUGGAAGAGAUCUAAGGCUUGCACUGAUAACUCCCCAUAUGAGGGGCCUUUCCGAAGUGGUGCUCCUUCAUGGUGCUAUGCUCCUUUUGAACCGGAAGGAGUUUUAAGCUCUGUAUCCUCUAUUCUGUCCACAAUCAUUGGAUUGCAUUUUGGACACGUGCUUGUACAUUUUGAGGGUCAUCCAGCUAGGCUGAAGCACUGGAGUCUGAUGGGUUUUGCUCUCCUUAUUUUAGGAAUUACCCUUCAUUUCACUGAUGCAAUUCCUCUGAAUAAACAGUUGUAUACAUUCAGCUAUGUUUGUGUAACAUCAGGAGCAGCAGCUUUGGUUGAUAUCUGGGGGUUAAGAUACCCAUUUUUGCCAUUGGAAUGGAUUGGCAUGAAUGCUAUGUUCGUCUACGUUAUGGCAGCCGAAGGCAUCUUAGCUGGAUUCAUUAAUGGGUGGUAUUAUGAUGACCCCCAUAAUACACUGGUAUAUUGGAUUCAGAAACACAUUUUCAUUGAAGUAUGGGAUUCCAAGAGAGUUGGCAUUCUACUCUACGUGCUCUUUGCAGAGAUAUUGUUUUGGGGUAUUGUUGCAGGCAUUUUGCAUCGACUAGGCAUUUAUUGGAAACUCUAAAUACUGUAAUGUUGGUAGCAAAUUCGAGCUACAUUGAACUUAGGCUGCUUGUUCUUGCCUUGUUCUCUACUCACAUUGUCAUUGCCCUUUACCAGGGACGAAGCCAUGAAUUUAUCUUUACUGGGACGAAUAAGUAUUGUAAUAAUUAACUCAUCUUUUAUAUAUUAUUUCAUGAUGUAAAUAAAAAAAUAAUAAUACUAUAUAAGGAUUUGCAA